AUGGGCUGCAAAGAAACAAGGACAAAAAGAGGUUGGGAUGUUUUUGGAGGUUUCCAGCCCUGCAAAGACGGCGGGGGAGCUGGCAUGGUUCAGUUUCUGGUUCAUGUGAGAAACUGCUGGAUUUUCUAUUUAGACACUGUGUUUUCAGGUCAUUUGCUGUCAUUUCGCAGGAUCGGUGACGCCCUCUCCACUGCUGCAAAAUUGAAUGCAGAG